AUGCCCAUCCAUGUGGAUGAUGUGAUGCAACUGUUCUGCCGUCUCUCCCAGGAGAGGGGGAUGAAAGCUGCUGUCAAACACUCUGGCCGAGGAGCACUGCUGGCAGGUGCAUCAGCAUUUCUUGGGGGUCUGAUGGGAGGUCCACCUGGAAUCGCUGUAGGAGGAGCAGUUGGUGGAUUGGUUGGUGCCUGGAUGACUUCUGGACAUUUCAGGCCAGUCCCUCAGAUUUUAAUGGAGUUGCCUCCUGCUGAGCAGCAGAAACUCUACGAUGCAGCCAUUGAUAUUGUCAGGAACUUAGACUGGACUGAUAUUGUCCAGCUGACUGCUCUUGUGAUGGGAAAUGCUGGGCUCCAGCAGAAGCUGACAGCAGUGCUGAUCAAUUACCUCUCCAACGAGCUAAGUGCACAGAUACAGUAUGCAGAAUAA